AUGGCGGCAGCAGACAGCUCCUCAGUCGCCCUCCGGCGCCGCGACCUGUGCAGCCGAGGCAUCCGCCUGGCUGGGAAGAUGCGCUCGGAUGUCAUCAACCUCCUGGACACCUACGUGGAGCAGCAGGGCUUGGAUGCCUCAGCCAGCAUGGCGGUGGUGGAGGGGGUGCCGAUGGCAGCAGUGGAGCACUGGGACGAGCAGACGGGGACCCAGCGGCUGCUGGAGAACCUGGCGGCGUACCGGGCCUUCCGGGCCCUGCUGGCCCAGAUGCUGGAGGAGCAGCGGGAGCAGCUGGGUGAGGCUGAUGCUGCCCUGGGCCGGGCACUGGCAGCCGUCCUGCUCCAGGUCUCAGCCUUUGCCUACCACCUUGAGGAGCUGCUGCGGCUGGAGAGCCGUGGGCCCCCCAGUGAGGAGGGAGCUGGCCCCCCCCCCCCCUCCCACCUCGGCCUCUUCGAGAGGAAGCUGUGGGGCCUGGGGGUGCUGCGGGAGCUGGCCCAGUGGGCCGUCAGGUCUGCACGGGACUUGCGGCAGCUUACUAAGCCCAGCCUGGGCAGCAGCUUGGCCCCCAGCCCAGCUGAGAGCCCUUGA